AUGAAUACCGAUGUCAUCAACCGUAUUCCAUUAUAUCAACGGACUACCGAACCGGUUUGGGACCGUAGUGGCUAUGAUUUUCAUCGUCCACCUCCUCCGUUACAAGGAGCUAUCGUUCCACCGUAUUCCACUGCUGUCAUUCAUUCUGCUGUUAAACCACCUACCGAAUCUGAUAUUUACAGGGUUGGCGUUUAUGGCUGGAGAAAGCGGUGUUUGUACUGUUUCAUUUGCGCACUUACUGUUGCCGUCGUACUAAACUUAGCGUUAACUGUAUGGAUUAUGUCUGUUCUCGACAUCUCCACAACUGGAAUGGGUACAAUGAGAAUUGAAGAUGACAGUAUUCGAAUUAUGGGUGAAGCACAAUUUGAUCGCCCUGUUCAUUUUGCCGAACUUUCUACAGCAGAUAAUGAAGCGUUAACAAUUGAUUCAUACCGUGGUGUCUUCAUAAAAGCUCGAAAUAUGUCUGGAUAUGAGACUUCCAUGCUUAAUAUGUUUCAAGAUGGACGCAUGGAGGCAGUGUGUGAUCGUUUUGAAAUUUACGAUAAUUCCCGAAAAUUGCUAUUUUUUGCUGAACCAAAUGAAAUUGGUUUCAAACUUGAAAAUCUUCGAAUACUUGAUGAUGGUGGAAGUGUUUUCGAAGGAGCUAUACAAACAGCGCUCAUUCGUCCGGAAUCUGAUAGUCCUCUAAGCUUAGAAUCACCAACUAGAAGUCUGAAUUUGGAAGCAGGUCAAGAUAUUGAAAUUACCAGCGCAGCCGGAGAAAUCCAACUGUCAUCUCUUCUUGACAUUACCAUUAAUUCCAAACAGGGUGAAGUUCGUCUUGAAUCAAAUAGUAUAGUUAUGUCUGGAUUACCGAGAAGUGAAGCUCGAGGGAAUGCCCAAUAUCAGUUAUGUAUGUGUCAAAAUGGACUACUAUUUAUGGCAGUGGUUGGAGCCGAUUGUCGAGCAGAUCGAGGCAUUUGCAGUUAA